CAUACACUUGAGAAACAUUUUUUGUUUAGUAUUACAGAUAAAUUCAAGCGUCUUUACUUACGUGAAAUACGAUGAAGCUAAUUAUCUGUUCAAUUAUUUUUAUAAUAUUAGUUGGACAGAGUUCAGCAUUUUUACCAUUUGUAAUAAAAUUAGGAUUGGAUGCAGUUCUUAGUGCCAUAUCUUCCACAAAAAUUUUAAUUCCAUCCGCUAAUAUUUCCAUUCCAGAGAAUUUGCAGGAUAUUAUAAUUGGUGACUUAAAUUUAAUCCAAUUCAAUGUAUAUGGAUUAGACACUUUCAAAUACAAAGAUGAGGUAACCGAAUUGAAAACGGAUAGAAAGUCAUUUACAAGGAACAGAAUUUCUGUUAAUACAACUCUCGAUAAAGUUGGAUUCGAAACUGAGUAUGUUUUGGAUAUGAGUUUACUAGAUGCUGUUCCACUGUACGGGAACGGAACAUUUAGGUUAGAAAUCACAAAAGUAGGAUUGGAUCUUAAUCUAAAUCUAUACGAUAAAUUUGCAAGCAAUAUAAGUGUAGAGGAUUUCGAUUUUAGAUUUUCCCUACGUGACUCCUCAAACUCAGAACUAACCGGCUUUUGGAACAAUGUACAAGUUAGCGCCUUAAUCACUAAUGUUAUAAAUAUUGUUGAGCCGUUUGUUUGUAUGUGGUACGACUAUGAACGAGAAUGCCUAGAUUGCGUUAUCAGCAAACUUGCCCAGUUUGUAAUAAAUACUUUAGUGCUCAAAGCUAAUACUGACGAAGACUUCAUUAAAUGCGAAUGUUUAGGGGAUUUAUUAUUUUUAACAAAGAUUCACAUGCCUUCCCUAGUUGAAUCUUGGGAAACAGGAGACUACAGUUACAUAAAACAUCAAUUAAUACGAAAUCCCGAUGUAAAGAAAGUUUAUAAUAAAAUGUAUAACAUCGUUUCCAAAAUAGUGGUGGAGAAGUUGAGGAAAUGUAAUUUACAACGUAAUGUAUUUCAAUAUCAUAAUUUGAAUAAAACCAAUUGAUGUGUAUACUAUGUUUUAUUUAUAAAGUUUUUAACC